CAACUCCAAAAACGUACAUGUUCUCUACAUUGCAUUGGCUCAACAUUCAACUCCAAAAACUUACAUGCUCUCUACAUUGCAUUGGCUCAACAUUCAAUUCCAAAAACUUACAUGCUCUCUACAUUGCAUUGGCUUUACAUUCAACUCCAAAAACUUACAUGCUCUCUACAUUGCAUUGGCUCAACAUUCAAUUCAAAAAACUUACAUGCUCUCUACAUCACAUUGGCUCAACAUUCAACUCCAAAAACUUACAUGCUCUCUACAUUGCAUUGACUCUACAUUCAACUCCAAAAACUUACAUUUUCUCUACAUUGCAUUGGCUCUACAUUCAGUUCAAAAAACUUACAUGCUCUCUACAUUGCAUUGGCUCAACAUUCAAUUCCCAAAACUCACAUGCUCUCUACAUUGCAUUGGCUUUACAUUCAACUCCAAAAACUUACAUGCUCUCUGCAUUGCAUUGGCUCAACAUUCAACUCCAAAAACUUACAUGUUCUCUACAUUGCAUUGGCUCAACAUUCAACUCCAAAAAGUCUCUGGGACAAUUUAGGAACCUUGUCCAGUUAGACAUUUCUAUAGGACCAGCAUCUCGGCCAAAUAAUCUUUUCCCAAGUUUGUAGAUCUGAAAUCGAAACAGUAAAACCAGUAUAUAAAACACCUCCCCAUGUGGACACUUUUAGGGUCCCUUAGUCACCACCAUUAGUGGUGACAUAUUGUUAUAGUCUCUAACUUUUU